AUGCCUCCGACUACGGUGCCUUCCACUUCCCUCGCCCUCCCCACCGCCGCCCGCGCCGGCGCUCGCUGCCAUGCCUUCUUCAGCAACCGAUCACCCUCAAGCGUCCCCACCGCGCGCCUCCGCCGCGCGCCCCGGCUCGUCAUGGUCUCCGCCUCGGCGUCUCUCGAGGCCCUCAUCUUUGAUUGCGACGGCGUCAUACUGGAGUCAGAGCACCUCCACCGCCAGGCCUACAACGACGCGUUCGCGAACUUCGGGGUGCGCUGCCCGCCGGCCUCCGCCGACCCGCUGUACUGGGACGCGGCCUUCUACGACGAUCUACAGAACCGCAUCGGCGGAGGGAAGCCCAAGAUGCGGUGGUACUUUGGAGAAAAUGGGUGGCCUUCUUCAAAGAUCUUUGAGACACCACCUUCGACUGACUCCGAUAAGGAGAAGUUGGUUGACAUAAUUCAGGUGAAGCCUAGACCUGGUGUUUUGCAGUUGAUGGAUGAAGUAAAGGAUGCGGGUAUCAAGCUUGCUGUUUGCUCUGCAGCAACUAAAAGUUCAGUCAUAAUGUGCCUUGGAAACCUUAUUGGACUUGAGCGAUUUAAUGGCCUGGAUUGCUUCCUUGCUGGUGAUGAUGUUAAACUAAAGAAGCCUGAUCCAACAAUAUAUAUAACAGCAUCAGAGAAAUUAGGUGUGGAAAGCAAGAACUGCCUUGUGGUUGAGGAUAGUGUUAUUGGAUUGCUAGCUGAAAAAGGAGCAGGGAUGUCAUGUAUAAUAACAUAUACAUCUUCAACUGCUAGCCAAGAUUUCAAGGAUGCAAUUGCUACCUAUCCUGACCUUAGUAAUGUCAGCGAUUAUUCCCUGGAUGUUGAACAGUUGGUGCUGGAUGUUGAACAAUAG